CCCAGAAACAGCCCGGAAACUGAACCGCACCUACCUUUAGAAGGACACCAGGCCUCUGUACUCGCCACUCAGUCCACCGGAGGCAAAGGCUUCGCUCUCAAAGAAGCCAAAUCUAACGAAUCUGAGGCCGUCAAGAGUGGGAUCUGUAAGAAUGCCUCCAUACAACCCAAUUCAGCCGUUCAUCAGGAUUCUAUCGAUAUUUUACCCCACAAGGAUACUUCAGCUGAAAGCAAUGAUCACGCAAGCACGGUUUAUUGUAAGAUCACCGAGGUGGAGGUAAAUCGCUCUGGGAUAACCACAACGGAGAUAAACGACGCCAAAAGCAGCUGGGUUACGAAAAGCCCGAGUACCGUGGUCCUGGGAACAGAUGGUAAUACGGUUGUAUUUCCUGGCAAUGCCAAUGGGGAAGAUGGAGAUGAGAACAAAGCCAGAGGAAACUGGUCGAAUAAGCUGGACUUUAUUCUGUCCAUGGUGGGCUAUGCGGUGGGACUGGGGAAUGUCUGGCGGUUUCCCUACCUCGCAUUUCAAAACGGCGGAGGUGCAUUUUUGAUCCCAUACCUGAUGAUGCUGGCUUUUGCCGGAGUCCCCAUUUUCCUCCUUGAAACAGCACUCGGACAGUUUGCCAGUCAGGGACCUAUAUCUGUGUGGAAGGCUAUUCCUGCUUUACAAGGAUGUGGAAUCGCUAUGCUAAUCAUCUCGGUCCUGAUUGCUGUGUACUACAACAUUAUAAUAUGUUACACCCUUUUCUACCUUUUUGCAUCGUGUAUACCUGUACUUCCAUGGGCAUCUUGUGAAAACAGAUGGAACACUGAAAAUUGUAGAGACAAGAGCAAGCUGCUAUUGGAUUCUUGUAUGAUUGAAGAUACCAACAGUGUGCAGAUUAAAAAUACAUCAUUUUGCAUUUCUGCCUUUCCCAACUUCACUAUGGUGAAUUACAGCAGGCCCAUAAACAAAACCUUUGUCAGUGGGAGUGAAGAAUACUUCAAGUACUUUGUGUUACAAAUUUCUGCGGGGAUUGAACACCCUGGGAAAAUACGGUGGGAGUUAGCACUGACUCUGUUAUUGGCCUGGAUAAUUGUUUAUUUAUCUCUGGCAAAAGGCAUAAAGUCAUCGGGAAAGGUUGUCUACUUCACAGCCACCUUCCCUUAUGUUGUCCUUGUCAUCCUCCUGGUCCGUGGAAUUACUCUGCCUGGUGCUGGAGAUGGGAUCUGGUACUUCAUUACACCCAAUUGGGAUAGGCUUAAGGAUGCCAAGGUGUGGAAGGAUGCUGCUACUCAGAUUUUCUUUUCCCUCUCUGCUGCCUGGGGAGGAUUGAUAACGCUCUCCUCAUAUAAUAAAUUCCACAACAACAUAUACAGGGACACCCUGCUAGUGACCUGCACCAACAGCGCCACAAGUGUCUUUGCAGGCUUUGUCAUCUUCUCUGUCAUUGGAUUCAUGGCCAAGGAACUUAAAGUACCCAUCACUGAAGUUGCAGAUGAAGGUCCAGGGAUUGCAUUUGUGGUGUAUCCAGAGGCUUUAACCAGGCUUCCUUUAUCUCCAUUCUGGGCUAUAAUUUUCUUUCUGAUGCUCCUAACGCUCGGACUGGACACAAUGUUUGCAACGAUUGAGACCAUUGUGACUUCAGUUGUGGAUGAAUUCCCUGGAUACCUCCGGCCUAAGAAACCAUUGUUUACCCUAGCCUGUUGUGUGGUUUUCUUCUUCAUGGGCAUCCCUAUGAUAACUCAGAGUGGGAUCUACAUGCUACAGCUGGUGGACACUUACGCAGCUUCCUAUUCCCUCGUCAUUAUUGCAAUAUUUGAACUAGUUGGAGUUUCAUACAUAUAUGGAUUGAAACGAUUUUGUGAAGACAUAGAGAUGAUGAUUGGAUUCCAGCCUAGCUACUUCUGGAGGAUUUGCUGGGCAUUUUUCACUCCUACAAUUCUUACAUUCAUCCUCUGCUUCAGCUUUUAUCAAUGGGAACCCAUGACAUAUGAAAACUACAAAUACCCGGCCUGGUCGAUGGUGAUGGGAUGGUUAAUGUUGGCUUCUUCUGUCAUAUGGAUACCCAUCAUGUUCGUGAUUAAGAUGCACUUGGCCCCUGGUAGCUUUAUAGAGAGACUCAAGCUGGUGUGCAGUCCUCAACCCGACUGGGGGCCCUUUUUAACUCAGCACCGUGGAGAGCGCUACAAGAAUAUGAUAGACCCUCUGGGGACCUCUUCUCUCGGACUCAAGCUGCCCCCGAAAGACAUGGAAUUAGGAUCUCAGUUCUAGUAUUACCGAUCUCUCCGCGUAAAUAUAUCAGCUUAGCAUAUUUUCAUGUUGCUACCCUUUUUUUUAAACGCAUUUAAAUGUCCCUUUCCCCCGCAACUCAAGAAUAUUUAAAAUCUGGUCAUUGUCUUGUUUUCCAAUUCCCAUCUUCCCCCAUACUGUCAAUCCAUUUUGUCCGGGUUUGAGCCUUCUUCCCCACCUCCCCCCUCCUUUUGUCUCUCUUGGCUAGUUCUCUUAAUGCUUCCAUCUCCUCCCCUCUUCCCCGUGUGAUAUUGCUCUAAUCCGGAGUUUACCGGCGAUGCCUGCACCUUUCAUUCACACUGACACGCGCUUCCUCUUCCAAAACUGUGUCCUGUGAUUUGUGCCUAUCUGUAGUCUCAACGUCCUAGUUACCCUUUUACUUGAUCUGCAGCUGAAAAAUAAAAGUAAUUGUGCAAUUCUAUUUAUAUCCCCAAUACUCGACGGGUGUAAAAGUUAUGCAUUGUACAGUCUUGCUGUUCUAAUCCUUUUUCAACUGAUGUUGGGUUUAAAACGAACGCCCUAGCCCCUGCCACACCAACACUAGGUUGGCCCCAAUAAUUGGCCAGACUGUACAUUCUAUGAUGUAACCACUAGGUAUUCAUGCUUUUAACAGGUGAGCUGUGUUCAUUAGUGCGUAUUAGUGAUGUUACGUCCUUUUAAAUAUCUUAUGAAAACGUAGAGAUGGUGAGCAUAGCGUAGUUUAACAAAAGAAAACUUUCUAAAAAAAGUUUAGUCUUAAAUUUACAGUAGUUGACUUUCGGGGAUUUUUUUGGUCAAUAUUCCUGUCUGUCUGUGUGUUUUCGUGUUAAAAGGGUCUCAGGUAGUGUUUCUGUUAAGUUUUUGUUCCUCUUUAGAUAUAACUAAUUCUCCUCAUGUAAGUGAUUUCAUUAAUUUCCAUUGUAGUCUUGAAGCCCAUCCAAGCCCAUAUAUAAAUAUAUAUAUAUUUGUUUCCUCUGGUAUUUCCCGUGGAAACGUUACUUAUGAUUAAACUAGCCACUGCAUCUUGAUAUUUGCCUUUUAUAUACAGAGAGAGUCAUUUGAGCACCUUAACGUUAAUUGCAAUGUUAUUUUCCCCUCUCACUUUUACUGUCCUUCUAUAAGCCAUCGUAAGGCAGUGGGUACCAAAGACAGUUUGUUUCUGCGUUGGCUGAGCGAAAGAUUGUCAAAAGCUGCCGAAGUACAUUUUUAUUAAGUCUACACGUUGUCUUUCAAUACAUCAGGUUGACCAUUGGCCUUAUUGAUGGGUUCCAAUAUCAGAUAUACAAGGUGUAUUUGAUGAAACGUAUAAAAAUUAACCUGUACUUUUGCCAUAUAUAUAAGUCACUUGUAUGUAAUAUACGGGGUGUCUUCAGGCACUUUAAGUAGACCUACCUCUGAGUAGGUUAAUUCCUAAUUACUUAACGUAAUGCCAUGUAUAUUUCUGUGCAUUCUAUAUGAGGUACUGCUGCCUAUGGAUAUAGAUAUGUGCCUCAGAUCAAGUCAUCACAGUCAUAGAAUGAUCACGCACACAUAAACACACAUCUAAGUUAAUGUGAGUGUCUCAUCACCUAUACUCGAUGUUAUCUUGCAUAUGUAAUGUGCAUGAUUCAUUUAAAAGAUCACCAUUCUUGAGGCCCUACCUCAGAUUUUGUAUUUAUGUGUACAAAUACGAUUUAAUGCAUUAUAUAUUUGCCUAUAUGAUAUUCAAAAUAGAGAUGAUCCUAUAAUGUAACUCCAAGAAA